GAGCGGAAAGUCUCGUCUGGAGCCUCGCUGAGUUCGCAAUGGCCCGACAGUUGCUGCCGAAAGCCUCGGGUCAUCUCGGCAGAGGAGUCUUGCAUAGCUUCAGGCCACUGGGGACAAUGGCUUCUGCCAGGCAGUCGAGUUGCUCCGCGACUUCCAAAACAGGAGAGCCGCCCAGACAAGGGUGCGGGAAUGUGAUUACUGAAAUUAUCGGGACUGUAAUAACUAUUGGCAUUAACAGGCCAGAAGCCAGGAAUGCUGUGAACCCGGAGACGGCACAGUUGCUGUGGCAGGCUUUUAAGUCAUUUGAAGAGGAUAGUUCCCUAACUGUGGCAGUACUUCAUGGUUUGGGAGGCAAUUUCUGUGCUGGUUAUGAUUUGAAGGAGCUGGCCCGCAACCCAGGCUCAAUCAAAUUGGAACAAGAUGUCACAAAAGGUCCUGGUCCGAUGGGUCCUUCCCGGAUGAAAUUUUCCAAGCCCGUGAUUGCUGCAGUUAGUGGCUACGCAGUGGCUGGUGGGAUUGAGCUGGCCCUGUUGGCUGACUUACGCGUUGUGGAGGAAAGUGCUGUCUUCGGAGUGUUCAGCAGGCGAUUUGGUGUUCCGCUAAUAGAUGGUGGCACUGUUAGACUAUCAAAGCUGAUUGGUCUUUCACGAGCACUUGAUCUCAUUCUCACUGGGCGUCCUGUUACUGCGCAAGAAGCCUAUCAGUUUGGACUGGCCAAUCGGAUUGUUCCCAAUGGCCAAGCGCUUCACCAUGCAAUUAAAUUAGCAGAAGAGAUUUCAGCAUUUCCUCAGCAGUGUAUGCGUGGAGACAGAAACUCUGCUUACUACUGUGCAUUUGAUGCUUCCUCGUUCACUGAAGCCAUGCAAUUUGAAUUUGACACAGGAUUACAGGCGAUACUGAAUGAAUCUGUUCCUGGUGCUAAGAAGUUCUACUUAGGACAUGGGCGCGGUGGCGCAAAAUUAUAGGAGUUGGAUAGUGUGUGACUUGACCUCUACUAAUAAUAAUUUCAAUGUUAAGGUCACAAAAUAAGAACAGUUACUUAUGUUUCUCCCAUUAAAGUAUAAUAAAAAAAAAAUAAAACAGUGGAUGGAAAAUUUAAACUGCUGACAAGAGUUGCAGUUAAGAAAAUUUGUACAUGCAUAUUAAGGUUGCCAACUGUUCGUAUAUUUGAAGCAUAAAAUGGUUGCAGAUUAAUUAAACAUUUUAAUGUACCAGAGGAAAUGGGUUUAAUUAUGACUUUAGAUACCUAGUUUUUAAAUGUAGUAUUAAUGUGGAAAAAAUCACUUUGGGUAACAGAUGAUCACUUACUGUUUUCUGCAACCAUAAGAAUUGCAAAGAAAUAAAUUUCACGGAAAUUAAUCCACAAACAAUGCAAUCCUGUGCAGAGCAACUCCAGUCUCAGCCCAUUGAUUUCCACGAGCCUGCUGAUUGCACUGAAAAUUUCUCUGAUCUGACAAUCUUUGGUGAGCACAAUUGCAUCACAUAUGUGCAUGCACAGACCUCCACCUAGAAAGGCUCCUUCAUUCCUUUCAGCUGGCUGAAGGUGGGAAUGAACAUGCUUAAGAUUGAGAUCUUUAAGGCUAUUUUAUUUGCCAGGGUUUUUAAUGGGAUAUAAAUUGCAGAUAUCUUUUGAAGGGAGGGGGAAGUUAUUUGGGAUUUUAUUUUGUUGGUUGUAAGCUGCCUUGAAUCACGAGGGAAUGUGGGAUAUAAGUAUUUUAAUAAACAUUAAUCACAAUGAA